GAAGUUCCGGGGCUUGUUUCCGGCCACCUCAGCGGGAAGCGGAGACGCAAACAGCUGCGUUUUGGCGAACUAAGGCAAAGGUAUAACUGUUGUCGCGGCGGAGGAAGUCAAGAGGACGCCUGCGGCCGACCGGGCCAGUAUUGGGUCCCUGUAGCCUGUGAAGAUGGUGUUGCUCACUAUGAUCGCCCGAGUGGCGGACGGGCUCCCGCUGGCCGCUUCGAUGCAGGAGGACGAACAGUCUGGCCGGGACCUUCAGCAGUACCAGAGUCAGGCUAAGCAGCUCUUUAGAAAGUUGAAUGAACAGUCCCCUACCAGAUGUACCUUGGAAGCUGGUGCCAUGACUUUUCACUACAUUAUUGAGCAGGGGGUGUGUUACUUGGUUUUGUGUGAAGCUGCCUUCCCUAAGAAGUUGGCUUUUGCCUACCUAGAAGAUUUGCACUCAGAGUUUGAUGAACAGCAUGGGAAGAAGGUGCCCACUGUGUCUAGACCCUAUUCCUUUAUUGAGUUUGAUACCUACAUACAGAAAACCAAGAAGCUCUACAUUGACAGUCGUGCUCGGAGAAACCUAGGCUCCAUCAACACUGAAUUGCAAGAUGUGCAGAGGAUCAUGGUGGCCAAUAUUGAAGAAGUGUUACAACGUGGAGAAGCACUCUCAGCAUUGGAUUCAAAGGCUAACAAUUUGUCCAGUCUGUCCAAGAAAUACCGCCAGGAUGCGAAGUACUUGAACAUGCGUUCCAUUUAUGCCAAACUUACAGCAGUAGCUGUAUUUUUCAUCAUGUUAAUAGUGUAUGUGCGAUUCUGGUGGCUGUGAAAUAGUGAUCCACUGGCAAAGGUGAACCUAGAACCCGGCAGGUGUAUAUUUUCAGGAAGCUGAGCUCACAGAGAUGUGUAUUAGAAUCCCAAUGGAGCUCCUGCCUCUAAAGACCUUGCAAGAAAAGACAUGUAAUGAAAAUGAAAAUUUACACCUCAUUUAAUGAAGCUUAACCUUGUAUAGAAAGUCUCUUUUGGGGGCAGAGGCUUUCUCUGGGUGCUAAGCCAUGUAUGUUAGGGAACACUAGAUUGUUUUAUUUGGUUCUUCCCUCCCAGUAUUUUUACAUUUAAAAAAUAGCACUGACUGGGGCAUUCCUAUUCUCUAAUGGAGCCAUCAGUGAGAUUUGACUUAACCAACCUGUGCUAGCAACGGUCUGAAAUUCCUUCAGAGAAGGCAGCCCUUUAGGAAGUUUUCUGACUCUUAUCUAAUCAACAUUCCUUUUGUUGGUGACAUUUGUGAUUUUUAGUAAUCUGAGUUUUUGAUAGCCUUUUAAACAAGACUCCAAUAUGUGAAGGGUACUCGCUGUGCUGCAGAGAUCUUGUCUAUUUGCCCCUGUAGGAAGUUCACUUUGUUGUUUUCCUUUUACGAUAUUUUGCUUAUUGCACAAUUGCUUUAGGGUUGAAUGAAAUUAUAUAGCACUCCAUGAUUAAGAAGCUAAAAUGUUUUCUGUCAUUUACUCCUUACAAGACUUAAUUAGAGACAUUCUUAAUUUUAUUUUUCAGUGUCUGGUUUAUAUUAGUAUAAAAAUGAGUGUAGCAUACAGGUAGUCAGAGGCCCCUGACUCAAUGAGAAGAAAGGCUGAGUUCAUAACUUCAAUUUUGUCCUGCCCCUUUCUCACUUUCUCCCCUAUAGUUUUCUCCACUCUCUUUUCCUCCUGCCACAAUUUGCUUAACAUUUUUAAAUUCUUCUGUGCCCAAGAGUUUCAUGUCCGGUAAACAUCCUCUCAGGAUAUUCUCAAAUUAAAACAUUGAAAAUAUGUAGCUAUGUUAUUAAUACAUUUAAAUUUUUGCAAAGCAACUACUCAAACUAGUAAAUACAUUUAUUUGAGGAAGUCUCUGAAAGCUCCUAUACCUCCUUCAGUUUAUGUAAAUUCUCUGAGAAAAAAUGCACCUAUGAUUUUUCCCUUUUUUGCUCAGGGAUUAUGGGGAUUUCCUUUAGGUGGGAGAAAUAGGCCUUUUAAAAUAUUGUCACAAGGGUCUAUAAUAUAAUGUAUAACACACAUACUGCAAAUACUUCUUUUAGUUGUACAGGAAAAUGAACCAACUUCUUAUUUCUUAACAUCUUUGGACAUAACUUUAGCCAGUAAGCAAUUUUAUAAUUCUAAAGGAUCAUUAAAGCUACUAUCCUGAUUCCUGAUAGUGAAAAAUAAAUCCUAUUUCCUUAUAACAAGGCAAGGAGAAAUGCUCAUUUUAUUCCUGAUAAUUUACAGAACUAAAAUAAAAAUAUUUCUUUCCAUUUUGGAUCUAAAUCUGCAAACUGGAGUUUUGUGCAUGAAAUAUGAAAUUACUUUUUAUAGAGAAUAAGUGCUUUUAAACUCCUAAAGGCUUGUCCCUAAGUAAUGAUGUUGUAAUAAAGCCCUUGUAAAGCUGAAAA